AUGAACAGCACUUAUUCUAACAGCAGUGAUUUUAUCAAUAGUCCAAAUGUACCUUUGUGUGAAGGCGUAGGCAUUUUCUGCCCAUAUUUAUACAACAAACGCCACGUGGUAGCAUAUUUUACAACAGUUGGUAAUAUUAUUAUUAUUCCUUUCAUAUUGUAUUUAAUAUUUACGAAAGUGAAAGAUGGAUUUUUCAAAUAUUUCACACUGAAUUUAAUGUUUGUUUGCGUAACAUCGGCUAUUGCUGCUUCUAUAAUUGAUGCAAUUAAUGUUGCAAAACUAUUUAUUUCUAUUACAGAAAGCAAAUUACAUUUAUUUGAGAUUCGAGAAUGGAUGCGAUUUUAUGUCAAAUUAGGAAGCAUUUGGUUUCAUGCCUUAACACUCUAUGCAGUCAUAAUUUGUUAUUUACCCUACGUGAAACCUUUUUUUUAUACAAAAAAAUUUUCCAAUAGGAGUCAAAAACCAUACUACGUUGCAUUACAUACUUCAAUCCUUAUUUGGAGUACUUCUGUAACUUAUCUAUUUACAGAAUUCAAAUAUCGUAUACCUUAUUUUCUAACACAUAUCACAUUGUUUAUUUCAUUAUUCGUUGUUGCUCUAAUAGGAUCGUUUAAAAUAAUUAUUCCAUUGAAAUCAUCACUUUGCCUAUGUUUAUUAACGCAUGCGCACAUACUUUCUGUAUAUUUGCUGGUUGCGAAAGCGAUUUUCUUGCUAGUUAUUUCAAAACGAUAA